AUGGCUGAAUUCAAGCAUCCAGUUCAUACUGGUUUCUCUAAACCUGGGGCCUUCACCAACUGUCCCUUCUGGGCGCGCAGUCAGGUCAAAUACGCCCAGGACCUUCUCGACUACUCGACAGAUCCCAUAGAAUACGAGCACGACGACGAAGACUACUGGGACAACCACUUUUUCUUUCCAGAAGACUGCUCUUGGUCCCCACCCAAAGAUUGGGCUUUGGACGACGACGACAACUCUGAAGAAGACAUCGCAGUCGGCGAGUGCUACGAUCACGACAACACCAUGAUACCUGGACUGCCCGACAUCAAAAUGCUGGACGCGGAGGCCCUCUCCGAUCUCCUAGAGGAUAACCUCUCGCCACCAGAGAUCACUUCCAUAUUUGUCUUCGCCACAAACGGCGCCAUCUUCGCUUACGCCUCCUCUCUCCCAUCCCGUCAGCUACGUAAUCUGAGCGCGACUUACGGCGCCGCGUAUACGUGCUACGCAAAGAACGCCUCCAGCGGCAAUCUCACCGGCGUCAACCCCGCCAGUCAUCCGUCAUCAUAUGUCACAGCCCAAUCCGUCUCCCUAGGCGACGUCGGCUCGAUCGUCUUCGAGCUUGACGACCUCGUCGCCGUCGUGACCAGAAUCGCCGACAAGGUCCUCCUUGCCGCCGUCGGGCCGUCGAAAAUCGCCGACGUCGCUCCGGAUAGCCACAUCCUGGGAACGUCAGCUUCUAAACCCGAGUCCCCGCGAUCCGCAGCCUCGUCACAUACUGAGCCCGCGCAAGCAUCAGGCACAGCCUCCGGCACGACAAACAACAGCGCAACGCCGACCGCAGCAUCAACGCCCCAACCCCAAUCCGCUUCCCACACCAACGGCACAACGCCUCACACAGCCAUCAACUCCGCCCCCACCGCCGACGCCAGCGGCUACUUGACAGAUGCGCAACUCCAGUCGCAAUACGAAGUCGACCGCACCAAGGACCUCGAGCGGCUCGCGAGCCUCAACCUCUCGACGCCACCCUCGAUCCUCCUCGCACUAGAAUCCAAGUCCGCGGCACUAGGCCGGUUCCUGUCGCAGAAGCUCGAAGAUCUGGCGAGCCCGGAUGACUUUUAG